GCAGAAGACGGCAUACGACCGACGCAUUUCAAUCUCUUUCUCGACACCGUGCUCACGUUCACCAUGUACCCGAGCCUCACGCUCACGCAUUUAGCGAACGCGAUUUGGGUGAUGCUGUUCAAGCACGAACAGAUCAAGCUGGACUCACUGCUGCUCACGUACGUGCCCAAAUACGUGGAGCAUACCGCGCCCAAGUUGAUCCGCGUUACGUAUCCACACGACAGACAGAGCAACGGCAUGACCACGUACUGCCUCGUCGAUUACGACUCGGAGGAGGAGUUCAACGUCUUUCUGCAUCGCUUCAGGAUGGAUCUGUUGGAGGGAUUCAGACACGCCACCAUGGUGGCGCCUCUGGUGACGUUCACGUACGUGCAGCAGUGGCUGACCGCGAAGAUCACCAAGGGUAUGGCGAAUCUGCAGUACAAGAGUGAUCAGAACGACCGGGAGUACCUCGAGUGGGAGGCCCUCGCGCAGGCGUUGGACUCCGUCGUGUCCAGGAUUUUGCUGAUCAACGAACGGCCGAGCGUGCAGACCGGUCUACAGCUGUUGGAGCUCUGCCUGAGUUACUCGCCGCAGGAUCCCUGGCUCCUGUCCGCGCUGCUCUCCUGCAUAAGCGCGCUCUUCGUGUUUCUGUCGAUGUCGACCGGCUCGAUGGCCAUGCCGGGCGUCGCCAUCCUGCCGCGCGUCCUCGACAAGAUCUUCGCCGCGUUGGUGUUCGAGGCGCCCGGCGAGAACGAGCGCAAUCGCUCGCGGGCGACCAAAAACGUGCGACGACACGCGGCCAGUCUGAUGGUGAAGAUCAGCCUCAAGUAUCCGCUGUUGUUGCUGCCGGUGUUCGAGCAGAUACACACGAUGGUGCGCAGUCUGACUCGGGAGCCGAGCCCGUUGUCUCGAAUGGAGAGCGUCAUGCUGUACGAGGCGCUGCUCCUUAUCUCGAAUCACUUCUGCGACUACGAGCGGCAGACGCGAUUCGUCACGGAGGUGAUCGGCGACGCGUCCAGCAAGUUCAUCGCGAUGGGCACGGAGUGGUUCGAGGGACCGCUGGAACUCAUGCAAUUUGUGGGGCUCGACAGACCGCCGGUGGAGGACAUGCUGGAGGAUCCGGUCAGGCGUAAUCGCAGCGAUCUCAUGAUGUGUAUUUGCACGGUGCUGAGUGUAGUCAAACGAUGCUCAAUCCCAGAGGAUCCCGACCGCGCGGCCAGGGGUGGCUUCGUGGCCGCGCUCAGCGAGAGCGGUAAUCCGGUGUACCGAAACCCGGCGACACCCCAUGUAAUCCCCAUUCUGCCGACGCUUUUCGCGCUACUGCGAACGAUGAACGGUCUCUUCAGUCACGCUGCCCUCGCUGCUCUUUCUGAGGUAACAUUUGACGUAGUUACUAAUGGAUUGAAAUGUGGAGAUUUUCGAGUGAUGCAAAAAGAUUUG